CGCGGGUUCCCAAGACCGAAAAGGCGGAGCCCCCCACGCGCACUACGUGCUCCCUACGCGCAUGCGUCCCGCCCACGCGCAGGCAGCACCUCGCCUGAUUGGGUAGCGCUGCCACGUCGGGGUGGGGAAGAGCGUCGUCGCGUCCGGGUGACGUCUCCCGCGGGCGUCGGCAGGGUCGGCGGCGUCGGCAGCAGUGUCGACGGCAGCGGCGGCGGCGGGUGGGAAAUGGCGGAGUAUCUGGCCUCCAUCUUCGGCACCGAGAAAGACAAAGUCAACUGUUCAUUUUAUUUCAAAAUUGGAGCAUGUCGUCAUGGAGACAGGUGCUCUCGGUUGCACAAUAAACCGACGUUUAGCCAGACCAUUGCCCUCUUGAACAUUUACCGUAACCCUCAAAACUCUUCCCAGUCUGCUGACGGUUUGCGCUGUGCCGUGAGCGAUGUUGAGAUGCAGGAACACUAUGAUGAAUUUUUUGAGGAGGUUUUUACAGAAAUGGAGGAGAAGUAUGGGGAAGUAGAGGAGAUGAACGUCUGUGACAACCUGGGAGACCACCUGGUGGGGAACGUGUAUGUCAAGUUUCGCCGUGAGGAAGAUGCGGAAAAGGCUGUGAUUGACUUGAAUAACCGUUGGUUUAAUGGACAGCCGAUCCACGCCGAGCUGUCACCUGUGACGGACUUCAGAGAAGCCUGCUGCCGUCAGUAUGAGAUGGGAGAAUGCACACGAGGCGGCUUCUGCAACUUCAUGCAUUUGAAGCCCAUUUCUAGAGAGCUGCGGCGGGAGCUGUAUGGGCGCCGUCGCAAGAAGCAUAGAUCAAGAUCCCGAUCCCGGGAGCGUCGUUCUCGGUCUAGAGACCGUGGUCGUGGCGGUGGCGGUGGCGGUGGUGGAGGCGGCGGCGGACGGGAGCGUGACAGGAGGCGGUCGAGAGAUCGUGAAAGAUCUGGGCGAUUCUGAGCCAUGCCAUUUUUACCUUAUGUCUGCUAGAAAGUGUUGUAGUUGAUUGACCAAACCAGUUCAUAAGGGGAAUUUUUUUUAAAAAACAACAAAAAAAAAAACAUACAAAGAUGGGUUUCUGAAUAAAAUUUGUAGUGAUAACAGUA